UCUCUUCAUUCAGUCCGGGCCAGGCUCCCUGACUGACGGAUAGUCAGCGGAUCUCACGGUUAUUAUUAUUAUUAUUAUUAUUAUUAUGGAACGGGGUUAUGUGUCCCGUCACAAACGUACAAACGGUGUGUGGAAAUAUCUCAACUUCUUAUUCUUCUGCUGAAUGAUCAUUUCAUUUUGGAUUUCAUCUUCAAGAAAACAGAUUUUUUUGGGAAGUUUGAACCAACUGGCGCUCUUUUGAUUUUUCUUCUAACGUGCGUAGGAAUGUAAGCUAACUUUUCCAACUUUUAUCUAAUGGAUACAGAGGUUUACAUACGUUUUUUUUGUGUGAUUUUUGAGGGUCUUUCUUUUGAGGUGGAAGUGGACUAACGUUAUUCCAUCUAUAGACUCGGACAAGUUUUCAUCACCUUACGUUAGCUAGCGGCGAAGAAUGUUUUUUUCUGGUCAUCUCAACUGUUCCAGUAGUUUUGUUGUGUUUACGUGAAUUUUGAAGAAAAAAAAAAUGAUUUCGGAGGAGAGAAGCAGCCACGUAAAUAAACAAGCCCUGAACUUCCCAGUGGGUUUACUGAUACGCUCUCCAAAGAAGCGACUGGCCAAACUGGGGAGGAAACCCAGCAAUGGAUCUGUCCAGUCCAAUAACUCGGACAUCACCGUCCGCUCCACAGAGAGUGUCGGUGUCCGGCAGCCGGCCAAGAGCAAAAUCCGCCGCCACAACAACAGGCUUUCAACUGUUUUUAACCACAGCCCAAACAGUGGACGCCGCAGCCAGGCGUUGGGCAGCGGGUGCCUGGCUGCUGACCCCCAGGCUGCAGACGACCCGGCAGAGCUGUCCAGUCAAAUGUCUGUCCCUGGCAUCCUGAAGAUUUUUGGCAGCGACAUCUGUCAGGGGACCAACUAUAAGAGCGUGCUGGCCACCACACAGUCCAGUGCAAAGGAGCUGGUGAAGGAGGCCUUGGAGAGGUACUGCCUGGAGAAAGAAGACGCCAACGACUACGUUCUCUGCGAUGUGAUCGGCAAGACGGGCGCAGACAACCAGUGGAAGAGGGAGUGUUUCCGGGUGGUGGGAGACAACGAGAAGCCCCUCAUGCUGCAGUCACUUUGGAAACCCAAGGAAGGCUUCUCCAGGCGUUUUGAAAUCCAGCUGAGAGCGAGCGUUGAAGAGCAAAGCUUAAAGGACAGAGACACAGUCACAGCAGGCAUCAAUGCUCAGGCUCGUAAGCUUCAGAAGAGCCGCUCCAGAGUGACCUCGCUGUUUGUGGACAGCAGCGGGGAGGAUGUGGACGGACUCGGCAUCUGGAGGAGUCUGAGUGAGAUGGAUCUGUCUGCGAUGGGGAAGGAGGCCAGCCGGGCCCAACAGAGCGCGCACAGAGAGGAUCCAGAGGCCGAGGCUGACAAGGAGGUCCUGCGACUGGGCAUGGAGAAGGAGGAGACGGAGAGCAGCGACGACAACACCACCCAGUACUCCAUUCACCCACCCUUUGACUUCCCGUACUUCCUGCUUCUGCAGGGCUACAGCCACAGACAGGAUUUUGUCAUCUACCUGAUGAGUGGGACCACCACCAUCUUUGGCUGCUGCAGGGAGCACUGUAACGGAGAAGACGAGGAGAGGUUAAAGGUGGACAUCCUUCUCUUUGCUCCGGAUGUGUUGCCUCAACACUGCUGUGUCAGACGCCUGGACUCCUCCACAGGGGAGCACAGAAAGACCUUGACAAUGCUGAAGCCCCUUCACGGUGCUCCUGUGACCAGAAAUGGUUUCCUCCUUAAAGAGGAGGUGGAACUGAACCCAGGGGACUUGGUGGGCUUGGGAAAACACUACCUGUUCAUGUUUAAGGAUCCUACCAGCACAUCAGGAUCCCUCCAGACCCCUCUGUGGAUGACCACACUCUGCCCGAACUUGGAUACAAAGACAUCAUCCUCUUGUUUAUCAUGUGGCUCCUCUGUUACCAUCAAAAAGCUCAAGAGGAAGCCUUUACCACCUAUUUGGAGGGACCUGGAGGGCACAGAGGCCUUGGUAAUAUAUGAGCUGGAGCAGGAGGAGAGGGUCCUGCAGGAGGUUUUGGAUAUGUUGGACCCCAGUGGAAGUGAGCCAAAGCUGACGCCUGCUUUCCUGCUGAGCCUCUGCAUUCAGCACUCAGCCGCCACGUUCGAGCUGACACACUUCAGACAGCUGCUGCUCCGGAUAGCCAGCCAGAUCCAGCUCGUUAUGUGGGAGAAGACAAAGGAACUUGCAGCCAUCCAAACAGAAAUGAGCUCCAGUGACGGGCAGCCCGAGCAUGUUCAGUUGCUCAGCAUGGAGGAGCUGAUCCCAGGUCUGCAGCCUUUGGUGCUGUGGAUGGCCAACUCCAUCGAACUGCUGCACUUCAUCCAGCAUGAAGUCCCUCAGCUGCUGCCCUGGAGGCAGAGCCAGGAGGAUGAAGGUCUGUUGGACUCUGAGAUGUCCUCCACUCGCACAGCCUGUGAGGAAGCCAUGACAGUCCUGGAGGAAGUCAUCAUGUUCACCUUCCAGCAGUCUGUCUACUAUCUAACAAAGAGUAUGUAUUCAGCCUUGCCUGGUCUGCUGGAUGGGAACCCGUUCUCAGAGGGCGGUCAGCUGCGAGUGCCUGAUGGGCUCGCCAGCAUCCUGGAGGUGCUGAAGGAAGCGCUGAAGCUUCUCACAGCCUUCCAGGUCCAUCCAGACAUCUCGUUACAACUCUGUGCCUACCUGUUCUUCUUCAUCAACGCAUCGCUGUUCAACGCCCUCAUGGAGAGAGGAUCUGUUGCUGGGUUCUACCAGUGGUCCCGAGGUGUUCAGAUCCGGGCCAACCUGGACCUGCUGAUGGACUGGAUCCAGAGCAUCGGUCUGGGCGAUCUGGCCAGCGAGUUCUUCCAGAAGCUUUCUGCUGCUGUCAAUCUGCUGGCCACACCCAAAGAAACCCUCCUGCAGGCGUCCUGGGCUUCUCUCAGGACUGAAUUUGCUGCCCUGAACGCUGCUCAGCUUCACCACAUGCUGAGGGAGUACAGCUCUGGUAAAACCUGUCCCACCGGAUGGACUCCGUCCCCGGAUGAUGCAGAGGACACUGUCAGGACGGCCGACAUCCUGGAGAGCUUUGACAACCACCCACCGCUCAUCCUGCCCAGCAGCACCUUUCACCUGGAGCUGGGUAAACCCGUUGUGGAGCCCGCUCUGUUCCAGCAGCUCGGUCAUCUGCAGGAGUUCAUACGCCAACUCCCCCGCAGUGAAACCCAAGCCGAGCCCGAUGCGGAGGAACAGACUCUAAAUGGGACGCCCACAGACAGGCAGUCUCUGACCUCACCCUCCGUCAAUGUCUUCCAGGACCCUGCCCAUCAGGGGGUCUCUGACCCGGUUACCUGCCCCUCCCCUGAGGCAGACCGGGACCGUAGCCACCCUGCAGAGCCGCCUCAGGCCAGAGGAUCUCAUGGUGACCUGAGCAGCUGUGAGGCAGUCCUGACCCAGAAGCUGAAGAGCCUGGAGCUGCAGAACACCCUCCCAGGACAGGCCGACAUGACUUACCACAAGAGCCUGGCACUGGACCCAUCCUGCCUGCUAACGCCGCCCAACACCCCGCAGGGUAUGGAGUUGGCCGAGCUGGAGGCUGAUUUGCAGGAGGGCGCCCGCCAGCAAAAGAAAGCCAGUGGAUGUGCUGAGAGGAAGAAGGAGAAUGUAGAAGAAAAAGAAGAAGAAGAAGACAGGGAGGAAGUGUUCACGGUGGAGCUUCACAGAGGACCUCAUGGUCUCGGCCUGGCGCUCGUGGACGGGACGAAAACGCCACUGAAGAUAAGCGGCAUUUAUGUGAAGUCCGUGGUUCCUGACUCACCCGCCGCUCAGUGUCAGAAACUGAGAACUGGCGAUCGCAUCCUGGCUGUUAAUGGCAUCAGUGUAGUCGGUAUGGAGUAUAACAUUGGUAGAGAACUGAUCCGAUCAUCAGGAGACUCUCUCAGACUGCUGGUGGCCAAAAUCGACUCAAAGACGGGCAACAGGAGCUCGGCUACGACAAAAUGCUGAAGGAAGAGCUAUGUGUGGACGAUCAAGUGCAAUUGGGAAUACUGUGGGACGUUUGGUUCAUCUUACCUGCUGCAUCCAAAGUCAGUAUAUCUCACAGGAUUAAGGAGAAACACAACCUGCUUCUGUUUUCAGUGCGUCGAGACAAUCAACCCAAAGCAGCAGGACUGACUCGAGACUGAGGGCAUGGUCAAGUUUUUAAAAGCUCAUUUUGCUGUCACAGCUCCUUUCUGCCCUAUAAACAAACUCUGCGUCGGGCUCGACUCCACACUCAUAAACGUUGAGGCUUUGGCGGUGAGGAAAAGUAGCAGUUGUGAAACAUAUAUUUGAAUGUCUGAGUACACAGUAUUCUGUCUGAAGAGCUUCAUCGAGCUUCUCCAGGAUCAAGAUUUCAUGUCUGGCAACAACUGGAAUUAUUCAUUAAUUAAAUGAUGGCUAUUUUGUUAUUUUAUAACAGUGAAACAGUUUAUUUUACAAUGAAAGAACCUCCAUUUUACCCCCUUUUGUUAGAAAGUCUUUACCCAUUUCAAUUUCUUUACACAAGUAAAAGAUCUGUCAUUGGGCAUCAUAUGUGGACAAAUAUAUUUGUUAAUAUUCUGUCUUUUGAACAUAUUUCUAGAAAUUUCAAAACAAGGAAAACCAUAUUGAGAUCAAGAGGAAUUAUCUCAACUUACCGGGAGAUUUUUUGUUGCUGUUUUGAGGAAAAAACAAGUCGGAAAAUAUGAUUUUCUCUCUUGCAUUUCAGCAGUUGUUCAUUUUCUUUGUGGCCUUCAGAGCUUCGCACACAUCACACAUUCAGCAGCAGGCAAAGUGAUGGGUAACACUAAAUGUCCAGGAUUAACAAGAAUCAUUAGACAGGUAAAAACCUUUAACCUGCAAUAUUUUAUGCAUUUAAACAAACGGGAGGGUUACAAGUUACAAGUACAAUUUUUUUUUAUUAUCAGUGAAACACGAUAAAACAUAAUUUAUUUUAACAGUGAAUCUCAUGACUCAUGCUGCAUUCACACUGACUGCAUUUUCGGCGGCACGAUUACAUACAAAGUCAAUACAAAGACACGAAUAGAUGGUGCGAUGCGAAUGACGCGAACCGCCUAAAAUGCAUCCUUCGCUUAGUCACGUCCUUCGUGUGUUCGCAUGAGUUGAAGUAUUAGAACUCGAGCGAGACAUUUGCGUGACACUGUGUUGGCGAAAGCCUAUCAAUUUUUAGAUGUUGAAUCAGAAGUGGAGGAACACAUUAUUGUAGCUGUCUGUGGGCAUCCAGAGCUCUAUAGUACCCUAUUGUUUACACAGACUAGAAAAAGGAGCUUUCUCGGGGAAAAGUAAGUGGGGAAGUUGGACUGCCUGGUUCUGAAAUGAUGUGUAUGUUGUUGUGUUGAUUCAGCAAUGUUGGCGAAGCCCUGAUCGAUUCAAACUUUAUUUAGAAAACAAGCAUUUUAAAUGUUUGCUUGUCGUCUUGCGGACAGACCUGACAAAGUAUGAAUUCAGACUUUUUACAAAUCGGCAUCAUUGUUGUUACAGUAUUUUGGCCUCCUUUUGAUCCAUUUAUUGCAAUUAAAAAAGAAAAAAAUCCGUAUCUCAAGUAGCGUUGAAAACGGCUGUCAUGCACAUGUAACGUUUAAUUCCUGUAGAAGGCAGAGAGAUUCACAAGUAACGUAAUUCAACACAAAUGAAUCUAAUAUGAUCCCGCCAUCAAACUUAAAGCAACGCGAAUAUUCCGAGAAAUAGCUGUAAAAAGCCACUGUACAUGACCUGCUCAGCAGCAGACAUCAAACAGACACAGUUAGAGACUAGCUGGUGAACAGAGUGGAGCAUUUAGCAGCUAAAGAGACAUUAUAAAGAGAUAUUUCCCUCAGGAGAUGGUAGAGACCAAAAUCUGAGCUAAAAAAAGAGAGACAUUUGGACUUCCAUACAUCAGGUGGACAGAGGUGUUUCCAGGCUUUAUGCUUAGCUUCAUACUUACCCUACAGACAUGAAAGUGGUAUCAAUCUUCUCAUCUAACUGUCAGCAAGAAAGCAAAUAAUGUUGUUCCUUCAGAGCCUUACUGUCGGAGGUUUGGGCCCAAAUCAUAAAACAUCUCAGAGUUACUCAUCUGAGAUCAGCUUAUAUGAAAAAAAAAACAUCAGCAGAUAUGUUGUAAUAUGUUUAACACUGUAAAACAACAAACUGCUGCAGCCCUCAUCUGAACUCUGUCUGUAUUUUCAUCCCAAAUGUGUUAAGUAAAGUUCAAGUAUAUUGAUAAACAGUAUUAUUCACAGUAUUUUGUAAUAUUUAUAUUGCGCAGUAUUUUUGAAACUAUGUAAUAAAUAUUAUUUUGACUUUGAAAACCUUGAA